CCUCGGCCGCCGUCUCUCUCCGGGAGGCGGCAACCGCUCCUGUUCCGACUUUCCCGGUUGGCCGGGCCGGCUGCGCCUCGUUUCUCUGGUGGCCAUGGGGGACCCCAGCAAGCAGGACAUCCUGACCAUCUUCAAGCGUCUCCGCUCGGUGCCCACCAACAAGGUGUGUUUCGAUUGUGGUGCCAAGAAUCCCAGCUGGGCAAGUGUAACCUAUGGGGUGUUUCUUUGCAUCGACUGCUCAGGGUCACACCGGUCACUCGGCGUUCACUUGAGUUUUAUUCGAUCUACAGAGCUAGACUCUAACUGGUCUUGGUUUCAGCUGCGAUGCAUGCAGAUUGGAGGAAAUGCUAACGCAUCUUCUUUUUUCCAUCAACACGGCUGUGCCACCAAUGACACCAAGGCCAAGUACAACAGUCGUGCUGCUCAGCUCUAUCGGGAGAGAAUCAGGUCGCUGGCCUCCCAGGCAACACGGAAGCACGGCACUGACCUCUGGCUGGAUAGCUGUGUGGUUCCACCUUUGACCCCUCCACCGAAAGAGGAAGAUUUUUUUGCCUCUCAUGCUUCUCCUGAGGUGAGCGGCACAGGAUGGGCAUCAGCACAACCAGAAGCAUCUUCUUUGUCACCAAGGAAUGUGGAAACCACUCCAGCUAAUAAUGAAGGUGGACCAGAACAAGGACCGAGCGUGGAAGGUCUUAAUGCACCAACGAAGGGGGCUUUAGAGGUGUCCUCUAUCAUAAAAAAGAAACCAAAUCAAGCUAAAAGAGGACUUGGGGCCAAAAAAGGAAGUUUGGGGGCCCAGAAAGUGGCGAAUACAUGCUUUAACGAAAUUGAAAAACAAGCCCAAGCUGUAGAUAAGAUGAAGGAACAGGAAGACCUUCUGGCCAGGGCGGCACCUAAGGAAGAAUCAAUCGUUUCAUCACUGCGAUUAGCCUAUAAGGAUCUUGAAAUUCAAAUGAAAAAGGACGAGAAGGUGAACAUGAGUGGCAAAAAAAAGAUAGAAUCAGAGAGACUUGGCAUGGGAUUUGGAAACUGCAGAAGUGGUAUUUCACAUUCCGUGACUUCAGAUAUGCAGACCAUUGAACAGGAAACACCAAUCAUAGCAAAACCCAGAAAGAAGUACAGCGAUGACAAUGAUGAUUCCUAUUUUACUUCCAGCUCAAGGUACUUGGACGAGCCGAUGGAGUUCAGGAGCAGCUCUUUUUCCAGCUGGGAUGACAGUUCGGAUUCCUACUGGAAAAAAGAGGCCAUCAAAGAUACUGACGCUAUCCUGAAAACCGCGGGCUGUUCAGACAGAUCUACUGCUCGCCGUAAGCCAGACUAUGAGCCGGUUGAAAACACAGAUGAGGCCCAGAAGAAGUUUGGGAACGUAAAAGCCAUUUCAUCAGACAUGUACUUUGGAAGACAAACCCAAGCUGAUUAUGAAGCCAGGGCUCGGCUGGAGAGGCUCUCGGCAAGUUCCUCCAUUAGCUCAGCCGAUCUGUUUGAUGAGCAGAGGAAGCAGACAGCAGGAAGCUACAACCUCACCAGCGUGCUGCCCACGGCGCCCGACAUGGCCCAGUUUAAGCAGGGCGUGAGAUCCGUUGCUGGAAAGCUCUCAGUCUUUGCUAAUGGAGUCAUGACUUCCAUUCAGGUCAGUGAUACUGGGGAUGACGGGAACGGAGCGGGGUGGUGGCUCAAAGCUUUGAAAAUGAAAUUUGGACCACUCUUCAGCUGCUGACAAAUUCGAUUUCAUGGUACUGAUAUGUUCACUACAGUGUAACCCAGGACGUCGUGAACACCAGAAAUUGUGAUUUUAUUUUUGCUUACAUUUUCUAGUUGAUGACUCUAGGGGAACUGUUACAGGGAUUGUCAUGAUCCUGAUCUACUUCUUUCCUAUAUCGGGACAGAGAAAUAGGAAGAAGGAAAUAAAAAUGACCCAUUAUCCCCUGUCAUGAGGAAAACUUCUGUUAAUGCUUUGGUAUAUUUUUAAUUCUAGAUUCC